CAAAAACGGAAUACAAGUUGAGUUGUACAUCGACGCAUUCUGUUGAUUUGGUUGGCUCGAUUUCUCUGUAUUCGUCUCACGGGUAGAGAGUUAAUUUGAAAGAAAAUUCUGUUCCUUUAAAUGAACUCUUCGACGAUUCGCUACCAUCCGUAUCAGCGCAAUGCAUCCAAAACAAAUAUUGAAUCUACGCCAUUACCAAACUUGACUAUAACGCAUCAAGCAACGAAGCGGACAAAUGAUUUACCGCAGAUAUGCAAGGUCGGAAAAUAUCUUUUAUUGGAACGACCCGGUGGAAGUGCUUUAUACAAAGCAGUGGAUACCGAGACGAAAACAGAACUUGCUUGCAAGAUAAUAGACGUGAAUAAAUUCCGGGAGACGCUUGCGCCGAUGUUUCAUCUGCCACCUCACGACGGCAUCAACAAGAUUAUCGAAAUUUUGGUCAGUGACUCGUACGCUUAUGUAUUUUUUGAGCGAUCUUUUGGGGAUCUGCACUCGUAUGUCAGAACAAAACGCAGACUGAAGGAAGAAGAGGCCAGCAAAUUAUUUCGCCAGAUUGUCAGUUCUGUUGCUCAUUGUCACGACUCGGGUGUUGUCUUACGCGACUUAAAAUUGAGGAAGUUUGUGUUUCAAAAUUCUGAGAGGUAAGCGCUAUAUUUUUUUGUGGUCUGUUAACAGCCAGUCUUUCAGAUGCCUUUGUUGCUUACAGCUUGAUUUUAUGUCUUAUUUUCCAUGUGCUCUGUUGCUUAGGCUAUUCAGUAUUGUUCAAUUUCGCGAGGUCCUCCUCGUGGCAGGAUUGUGUGAACUGUCUUGUAGCGUGGCCUGUGGACGGGUAUGGUUUUGUAGUGCAAAAAUUUUGUUGUUGAAUUUCUCUUCUCCUCAUUUUCUUGUUCAAUGUUUUAUUUCUGGUAUUUCUCUUAAAAGCCACAGACCCUCUUUGAAAAGGAUUGCACCCGAUCAGGACCGUGACAAAAGCUUAGAAAUCUGCCUUGUUUCAUCAAAAUACUGUUUCGUGAAUUUGUGUCCAUUUCCGGUUCGCAGUGUUUUGUAGGCACCUGCACUUGGAAUGUAUGAAAUUUAUUCGUGGCGUAGUUUUAGCCACGAAUAAUUGAAAACUGGUCAAAUUUAAAAAGAAAUCUUUUCGAUCCGAGGGUGAAAUUAAAGCAGAUUAUUUGGAGACAUUGUUAGAUGCGAAAAAUUAUGAUAAUUUUGUGUGGGUUGAAGUAUUAUCAUUUCCGUGGCUUUCGUCAUUCGAAGCCAAAGCGUGUCCUUGUGGGAUCAAUAGAAAUCAACGUACAAUGAUGGCAGAACGAUCAGGACUUUGGUCUUUUCCGAUGAAACAUAAUUUACUCGUCGCCUUUUUUUUUUGUCACUCCCUCCUCCUUGUCCUGUUCCGGAAAUGGCGGGUGUCUGCGGCGGGAAUUUUAAUCUUCAACCCGUUCACCUACACUGCGCGAACAUAUCAUUGGUUCAUCAAAGGAAAUGCUAUUAAUUUUAUUAGCUUUCGGGAAAAAUCCUCUACUUUCUAUGAAUCGGAUUUAAUUUGGGAGUUAAUGUUGUGGUAGUUUUGAGUCUCUGGCAGAUGAAAUCAUCCUACACGUGGCAAUUUCAAAUCUUGGAACGUUGCAGAUUUUUCAAGGGGGCCGGCGAGCCACGUGGAAUCGCGAUACGGCCUUUGUGCUUUCUUCUCGAGACAUGCCGUUAUUUGAACGACAAAGCAAUUCAUUGUGGAAAACAAUUAAGUUGCACGCUUUUAUUCCUUAACCUACGGCGUGUUUCAACGAUUGCCUAUUGAUUGUUUUGGUUUUCAAAAGACGAUCGCUCGUGUUGACAAUUCUUUGAUUCUUAGCCGUAAUCUCAUUUAUAGCCAACUUUCUUUCCAUUCUAGUUUAAGCGGUUUACUUUUAAUAACCCUUGAAAUUGGCCGAGAUUUCCUCGAUAUAUUGGUAGGGAAAUGUAUAUAUAUUUGUCCUUGUCCUUAAGUGCUUCUUUAAAAAAGUGAAUUAAAAAUCGCUUGUGUCAAGGAUAAAAUUUCUGAUCACCAUAUGGCUUUAUAGACCACCUCGAGUUGAUCUGUAUACCUUAAAACAAAGGCUGCCAUUUUGUCUAUCCGAGGUGUUUCAGUUUCAUUUCCGUGACAUGACGCUCGUUCUUUCGCUUCCUUUCGACUUUGCUUUUUUGCGCUAAUUGUACGCUGGCAGUAAGCUUUUAUCGACAGACGGAAGGAAAAAUAAAAGGAGAGGGGCCAGUCUAAAUACAGCUGCAAGAAAUAAUUGCCCUGUUCCUUUCAUUUUAAGACGGAACUGAGAAAAAACUUUUGUUAGGCAAAAAAAAGGUACGAUCGUACGUUUCGAGGCGGUGACAAUGAAAAUUCGCGUUCUUGAAACAGUUUCACAAGUAAUUUGGAUAAUGAUAUCGUGGUUGUUAAUGUAAGUAUUGAGCCCUUUGAUUAUCUGUUCGAUCGAAAUGAACAAUCAGAAGUCACGCCACCUUUUGUUUUCUCCAAACGUAUACUGUUGCUUUCAGGACAAGGAAUAAGAAAUUUAUUAUGCCUCUUCUGGUCCAUGUGACAAUUAAACUUGGGCUUUAUACCUCAUUGUAAGGCAGCUGUUCAGGUGGAAUGCUUUUAACCGAAAUUUCGCAAUGGGGAAGAAAAAACUAUACUCAAAAGGAAAGAGGUGAAUUAAAUAAUUUUUGAGUCUUUGAAAAACGAACCCCCUUGGAAUUUUCGAUGCUUUUGCGUUUCGUCAAGUAUAUCCCUAAUGGGGUUAAAUUUCGAAAUCUAGCCAUGGUUUUUAAUUCAUAAAUAACUCAAAGAACACCCCCAAAAAAUCAAGAUAAGCGAACGAAGAGAGGCAGGUUUAUAUAGGAAAUUGUAUCGUUCAUUUUGUUUCCUGGUAGAAGCAAAUGUUAAAAGCGUAGAAAGAACAACCUGACAAAGAAAUUGGAUUCGAUCUUUGGAACAUCAGUUUAUCAUAUGUGGUAGUGUCUUUUGUUUACUACUGAAAUGUAUUAGCAGUUAGCGGUCUCGUGUUUUUAAGUAACACCAGCACUUCUUGAGGGAAUGUCAUAUUGAUGGAAUAAGUCGAUCAUUACACGUGGUUUUUAGGCAUCAUUUUCUCCUGGUCUCCGCCUUUUUUUUGCCUUUUGAAAAUUCUUGCAACAACAACACUAUAAGUUUUCAAAUCCAUCUUUCCUAUUGCGAAAGAUCUUCGUUAAGUAUACUGAAAAAAAAAUCAUAAAAGAGUUUAUUUUGGUUUCCUUUUGGGAAAUAAAUGUAUUUUUUCAUAUAUUGACCGUCAUAUGUUGGAAACUAAUUGAAACACUGUCAUAGACGUUAGAGGUUAACGGGCUUUCGGGUCGAUCCUUUGUCUGCUUAUUUUCGUUUACACAUCUUUAUCGAAAGAGAAAAAAAUAAAAUAAAAACACAAGCUGUCGACCUAGGUUGCUCGCUUUUAUAGAAAAUUAACUUUAAAAGUGCUUUCCCUUGAUUUUUCGGAUAAGCUUUUUAAGGUUCGCCUUGAUUUUUACGUGCGAAAAGUAGGCACGUGGGGGGCUCGCCGGCGCGCUGGAGCCAUGCCAUUGUUCUUUGUUAGGUUUUGCCGCUUUUGUGUGUCUUAAGGUGACUCAGCGCGCAACGCAAGAUCGAAAUUUCGUACAAUAAAGGUUAAUUUACAACAAAUAAAGAGAGACGUUCUGUGAUGUGAAAGUAAACAGAAUCGCAACGAAUAGUCUCAUCUAUUAACAGAAAAGCACCGCGCAAUGAGCUUUGGUUGGAAAAGCCGCGAAAAACGUCUUUUGGAGUAGACUGUCAGACCUGCUUUUGCUGAAAACGAGCUUAACUUUUAAGAAAGUUAUGGGCUUUUGUUCAUGUAUUAACAAGCAAAUUUUUUACUUCUUUCUCAUCAGAACUAGCGUGAAACUCGAGGGUUUAGAAGACGCGUUCCCUCUUGACGGACAAGAUGAUACGCUUGAAGACAAGCAUGGCUGUCCAGCGUACGUUAGUCCAGAAAUCUUACAAGCGAGUGGAGGCUAUUCAGGCAAAGCAGCGGAUAUCUGGAGUCUGGGUGUCAUGCUGUAUACAAUGCUUGUGGGUCGUUACCCAUUUCACGACACUGAGCCCAGUGUGCUCUUCACGAAAAUUCGGCGCGGACAUUUUACCAUUCCGGACACGAUUUCAUCCAAAGCUAAAUGUCUUAUUCGGUCCAUGAUGCGGCGAGAACCAACCGAGAGACUCGCUGCCAGGGAAAUUCUCGAGCAUCCAUGGUUUAUGUCUAGUUUUCAUAUCACUAGUCCUUGUAAAAUAGAUCAGAAGCUUGCAGACCAAACGGUACCAGACCUCGCCGCGGACGACACACCGUCGUUCUUCGUUUGAGUCUGUCUCGCCUUUAUAGCAGAUUAUUUAAAUUCUACUGUACAUAUAUAUGACUUCGUCUUCGCUGUAGAGACGAGUCUGAAGAGAAAAUUAUGUCUAAACGCAGAUAAUUUAUUGGCUUAAUUUUUAACUUUUAAAGUUAUUGCUAGUUUGGAGACUGUAUGGAGUUCCUCUUCUUCUGGCGGGUCGUUUUACCGAGACCGGAACGCUUGGCUUUGUUUGACGCCCGCUGUGACAAGAAGAACAUCGUGCAGUUGGCUUGUUUGUGAAUUUUUAGCUUUCUUGACAGCGAUAUUUGCCUUCAAGAUAAUCUUAUUUUAGGAAAUUUUUCGGACUUGUAUAUUUUCCAUUUAGAGAUAAUUUUUUUUGUGCUGAGUCGGGAGAAAAAACGGCAACAACUGCUGAUUUUUGGCUCCGUGUGUCAAGAAAGGGGGAAUUUUUGCUAGCUGCCUUGUGAAUUGCAAGGCGUAUGGUUGGCGUUUGUUGAACGAGAAGUCUCAACAUUUUACUGUGCUGCAGUCAUGGUUUAUUGUUGCGAUUAAAGUGUGAGAAAAAUAUGAACGUUGUCUCUCUUUUCUCUAAAUAGCUUCCAGUGUUACCACGUGAACUCUGCAUUUGAAUGAUUUGUCCGAGUGAAUACUACCUCGACUCAUAAAAGCACCCUCUCAGUGCAAUCAACAUUAUUUUGUUAUUGCUGCUGUAUGCCUGCAUGGCUUUACGCGUUUCUCCCUGCCACGUCGCUUUCGAACUCCACACAUCUGAGAUUCGCUUACAGUAAGAACCACUCUGGUACAGUCGUCGUCCUAAGAUGCCGUUAUCCCUUGCCUGCACUUGAAGUUACAAGGGAUGCAAGAAGCCUCAUCUGUGAAAUUAGCGCCCACAAACCAAAAAAUUCUCCAGACUUAUCUUAUAUUUCCUUUCAAGAAUUGGCUGAGAGAAUUUGAGGAGUGAUUAAUUAUUAUUUUAUGAAAUCUCGUUACCUUUGGUCUUGAUUAAUGUGUAACUAAAUAAUCAUAUUAGAGGUGAAUCGGAACGUGGGAAUGUUGGUCUUUGAGGAAGGGGGGAAAACCGGAGUACCCGGAGAAAAACCCCUCGGAGAAAGGGAGAGAAACAACAGCAAAAUCAGCCUGCUUAUGGUGUCGACGCCGGGAUUUGAACCCGGGCCACUUUGGUGGGAGGUGAGAGCUCUCACCACUGCGGAAGGUGAAGAAAAUUUAUGUAGAUCACCCUCAGGACU